AUGGCAGCCAAGCGGGCAGAGCCAGUCACCAUCAUUAGCCUUUGGGGGUUGAACCUGGGGACCCCAGAGCUACAGCCAAAAGAGUCAAAGACAUUCACCGUGGAAGACGCCGCGGAGAGCAUUGGAUUCGGACGUUUCCACGGCCUCUUUCUGAACGUGGGCAGCACGGGGGUGGCUGAGGCCAUGGAGAUCAUGUUAAUAGCGGUUGUGUCUCCUGUCAUCCGCUGUGAAUGGUAGCUGGAGAAUUGGCAGGUGGCGUUAGUGACCACGAGGAUAAUUUCUUUUCACCCCACCUCCAGAUGGGGUUUUGGCUACAUGGUAUUCAGCAUCCUCUUUGGCCUCUUGGCUGACAGAUGUGGCCGCUGGAAGAUUUUGCUCAUCUCGUUCCUGUGGGGAGCCUACUUCUCCUUGCUGACCUCAUUCUCACCCUCGUACAUCUGGUUUGUCUUCCUGCGGACGAUGGUGGGCUGUGGCGUGUCUGGCCAUGCCCAAGGGCUAAUCAUAAAGACUGAAUUUUUGCCUACAAAAUAUUGAGGCUAUAUGCUCCCCUUGUCUCAGGUUCUCUGGCCAGCCGGCUCCCUGCUCAUCAUUGGCCUGGCUUCCGCGGCCAUCCCCACCAUCGGGUGGCGCUGGCUUAUCCGCAUCACCUCCAUCCCUCGCAUCGUCCUCAUCAUGGCCUUCAUGUUUAUUCCUGAAUCUGCUCGGUUCAAUGUCUCUACCAGGAACACUCGGGCUGCCCUGGGUACACUGGAGCGCAUCGCCAAGAUGAACCGCUCAGUCAUGCCGGAGGGGAAGCUGGUGGAGCCCAUCCUGGAAAAAAGAUGAAGAUUUACAGACCUAUUGGAUGCUAAAUAUUUACGGACCACAUUAUAGAUCUGGGUCAUAUGGCUGGGCAUCUCUUUCGCCUACUACGGGGUCACCCCGGCCAGUGCGGAGCUGCUGGAGCGGGACCUGGUCUGUGGCUCGCGGUCGGAGUCUGAGGCAGUGGUGACCGUAGGGGUCUCGGAGGAGAGCCAGAGCCCCUGCUACUGCCAGGUGUUUGCCCCUUCCGACUACCAGAGCAUGAUUAUCAGCACCAUUGGCGAAAUUGCUCUGAAUCCUUUAAAUAUCCUGGGCGUUAAUUUCCUGGGAAGACGGCUGAGCCUUUCUAUUACCAUGGGAUGCACAGCUUUUUUCUUCCUUCUCCUCAAUAUUUGCACUGGUUGCUUUAAAGCAAUCUAUGCCGGCCUCGUCGACUUCCUCUUCAUGCUGAGGGCUUUGGUGACGUCCAACUUCAACACCAUCUAUGUUUACACCGCUGAGGUCUACCCCACAACGAUGCACGCUUUGGGGAUGGGGACCGGUGGCUCCCUGUGUUGCAUUGGUGCGAUGGUGGUGCCAUUUAUAUCCCAGGUUCUCAUGAGUGCAUCAUUUCUGGGAGCCUUGUGUCUUUUCUCAUCUGUCUGUGUUGUGUGUGCCAUUUCUGCAUUUACUCUCCCUAUUGAGACCAAAGGACGGGCCCUACAGUUAAGUGAUGCAGGACUCUCUAAAGCGUUCUCAACUAACACCUUUUGA